AUGUCGUCUCCCCCUCAACCCCCCACCAGCAACGACCUCCUCCUCUCCCCCACGCUCGAUACGCCCCCACUCCCCGCCCUCUACUCCCCCAGCCCCGCCUCGGGCUAUUUCCCCAUGUCGCGGUCUGAGUCGCUCUUGACCGAAGACGGCACGGCAUCUGUCCCACCCUCGUGCCUGUCGCCCGCCUUCACGCCGCCGGCGACAACCCCGGGGACGCCGGUGCUGGGCGCAGCGAAGGGCGUGCCGAUCGAGGAGGGGGCGACGGCAACGAGGCACCCGAAGUUGUUGAAGGAGCUGCCGGAGGUGAAUUGUAUUGUGAGAGCGAGGAUUCCAACCACAACUGGUACUGAGAUCUUCCUGCACCUCUACCAGAACAGCAUCGAUAAUAAAGAGCACCUCGCCAUCGUCUUCGGAAAUACCAUCCGCUCAACAUCACUCGAUGCCCCGCGCCCCGGCGAGUCCGAGAUGGACCGUAUGAUCCGCGGCGCCUACACAGGUCGCCUCUUCCCCGGCCGCACCACCAGCCGCUACGACGACUCGCCCGCCAUCUCGCGCCCCGCAAGCGCUGCCUCAAACCACCACCCCACAUCAACCCCGCUCACCACCGCAGCUAGGAACAGCGCCCCGCUUGUCCGCAUCCACUCGGAAUGCUACACGGGCGAGACGGCGUGGUCAGCGCGCUGCGACUGUGGCGAACAGCUCGACGAGGCCGCGCGUCUCAUGGCCCUCGACCCCGCCGGCGGCGUCGUCGUCUAUCUGCGCCAGGAGGGCCGCGGCAUUGGCCUCGGUGAGAAGCUUAAGGCGUAUAAUCUGCAGGACCUAGGCAACGACACUGUGCAGGCAAACCUGAUACUGCGGCACCCGGCGGAUGCGCGUAGCUAUGGGCUUGCGACAGCGAUCCUGAAGGACCUGGGGCUGCGCGAUAUCAGACUGCUGACCAACAAUCCGGACAAGAUUGCAGCGGUAGAGGGACCCGGCAGGGAGUGUAAGGUGGUGGAGAGAGUGCCUAUGAUUCCGUUGGCGUGGAAAAACAUGAAGGGCGGUGUGACAGGGAAGGAGGUGGGGGAGUAUUUGAGGACAAAGAUUACGCAGAUGGGACAUCUGUUAUCGAUGCCUGCCGGCACCGAGUGA